AUGACUCCGCAGGCAGAAACUGAGACGUGCAACAGCAGCUCAGAGCCUCCUAGCACUAGGUCGCUUCCUUCCGCCGAUCUCGAGAAGGGCUCAAAUCCCAGUGAUGCUUCGCCUGUCGAGGACACAAGGCCUGGCGCGAAAGCUGGGCUGUCACUGUCUCAGUUCUGGAUUAUUAUGCUUGGAUUGAAUAUUGGAAUGCUUCUCGCGGCGCUUGACUUCAACAUUGUCGCUACUGCUGUUCCGAUCAUAUCUUCCGAAUUCAAUGCUUACAACAACUCUUCCUGGCUGGGAACGGGAUUCCUGGUUACCUUUGCCCUGGUUUUGCCCCUGUACAGUAAACUUGGUGAUAUCUUCGGUCGUCAGAACAUGUUCGUCGUUGGAACUGUGCUCUUCAUUCUCGGUAGUGGCAUCUGUGGCGGCUCCAAGAGCAUGGACAUGUUGAUCUGGUCCCGUGUGGUUCAAGGUAUCGGUGGCGGUGGUAUCUACGGAUUGGUCAAUGUAAUCAUCACCGACCUGGUCCCACUCCGCGAUGUCGGCAAAUACAUCUCAUUCACCGGACUGGUCUGGGCCAUAGCUGAUGUCGCUGGCCCCCUUCUUGGAGGUGCCUUCUCUCAGUACGUCACAUGGCGGUGGUGCUUCUACGUCAACCUAUGCAUCUCGCCUAUCAGUCUUCUGAUCACCAUCUUCUUCCUCCGCCUCCCGACCCCCAAGUUCGACAAGGAACGUAUCAAGAACUUCGACAUCCUCGGUACCAUCGCCCUCAUCGGCGGUACCACCUGUCUGCUUAUGGCUAUCUCCUGGGGUGGAAACAACUUCGCAUGGGCUGACUCCCGCGUCAUCGGCUGCUUCGUGGGCGGAUUCGUCCUGCUGGCCCUCUUUGUCAUUUGGGAACACUUCGCCAAGGACCCACUCAUGCCCCCCUCGUUCCUGCACAAACCUGCCAUCAUCUUCAUCUUCAUCGCAGAGUUCUUUUACGGUGCCAACCUUCUCGGAAUGAUGUACUACGUGCCUCAGUUCUUCCAACUAGUCUACGGUGACUCUGCUACAAUCUCCGGUGUCGCUCUCCUGCCCAUGAUGCUGGGUCUUGCUAUCGGAAACCCCAUCGCCGGCUGGGUCACCAGCAAAUGGGGCGUGACUCUGACAAACGCCUGGGUAGGUGCUGGCCUGACAACGCUGAUCAGCGGCCUCAUCACCCGUUGGCACGCAGGGACUAGCCGCGCUGAGGCAAUCAUCGAGCUCAUUGUCGUCGGUGUUGGACAGGGAGCCGUUAUGGAGGGUCUACUGGUCGGAUCUCAGUUCCUGGUAGAGCCUAUGUAUAUUGGUCUUAUCACCGGAAUGGUGAUCUUCAUGCAGACCGUCGGUGACAUAUUCGGCAUUGCCAUCUACGCUGCGCUGUACCAGACCAAGCUGCGCACCAACCUAGCCCAGCUCGCUGGAGCAUUGACCCAGGAGCAGAUCGGGGUCGUCCUUGCCGACGUGCAAAAGGUCAAGAACGAGUUCUCAGGUGAGCUGUACCACAAGAUUAUCGAGCUGUACGCCAAUAGCUUGCAGAAUGGCUGGUGGUGGCUGUUUGCCUGUGCGGCUGCGCUGUUGAUCAGCUCUGCUUGUGCUAAGCAGCAGAAGUUGUAA